AUGCCCUCUAUCACGGUCGACGGACUUGCAGGGCUCUGCGAAGCGCUCAGACAAUUCAACUUCUUAGUAUCCGAUGACGAUAUAAACAGGUCGCCCAGCAACCCAGGUCAGGAGAGCGAAACGAGUAGCGACAGCGACGCCACGGACAGUGAGGGUAGCUCGUACGUUUCAGAUACGGAUGAAGAAGCAGCGGACAAGACACAUUACAUCUGGUCGUUUUCGAUACGUGGGGUUUACCAGGCUACCCAGUUUCUUGGUGAAGGAGCAAACGCGUAUGUAUUCCGUGUGUUCCACACCCUCACCGGAUCAGAGGCGGCCGCAAAAAUUGAGGCUUUCCCAAUUGACAAAGACCAGCGUCCAUUCUUGGAGCACGAAAUCGCGGUCUACAAGAUGCUAGGAGGCGCCCCGCCAGGAAUACCCCGAAUCCUUUGGUCCGGACGCGACGAAAACCACGCCGUUCUCAUCAUGGACCGAUUCGGGCCUAACCUGGGGCAUAUCCGUCGCUUCUGCAGAGGGAUAUUCACACUACGCACGAUUUGCAUGUUGGCAGAGCAAAUGCUCACCAGGCUCGAGUUUGUGCACUCGCGUGGCAUAGCCAUGUGCGAUGUGAAGCCGCAGAACUUCGCUAUGGGCGUGGGCCGCGCCGCGAAUAUCGUGCACCUGCUCGACUUUGGGCACUUGGCACUCUACAUCGAUCCUAACACCAACUCGCAGGUUCCUCCAGACCGACCUCGCCACGCUCUCGGAACCGCGCGGUAUGCAAGCGUGGCCGCCCAUACGAGACAAGCUGUGUCCCCGCGCGACGACGUCGAGUCGCUCCUGUAUGUCCUGCUCGACCUAUUGGUCGGAGAUCUCCCUUGGCCUGAGCCCUACAACCCGGGCCCAAAGGGGGAUGACCUCGAGACGCAAGAGCGCCACAUCCGCGAGUGCAAGGCGGGCUCCGCCGUGUUCACUAAAUUCCUGGCUGGACUGCCGGCGGAGUUCUCCGCGUACCACGCGCACUGCACGGGGCUGAACUUCGGUGAGCAGCCGGACUACGAGUUUCUGCGGGAACUAUUUCGCGGGCGGAUGGACGUGGAGGGCUGGGACCUCGACUCGGACUUUGACUGGGUGACCGGCGGCACGCGGGAGCGCGGGACGCUGAUCCCGGAGGAGUAUGUGCUUGAUUUGAAGCUGGUCUGUGCCGACGUCGAUAUGGAGCCGUAG